UGGUUUUUAAAAAUCAAAGCUUUCCACCUUUUCAAAAAAAAAAAAAAAGUUUUCAACGCCUGAAAACCCUAACUUUUCCCGAAAUCUAUUUUCCGACAGCAGCAUUUAUUAAUUGAAGAGCUGAGUGAACUCAUUGACCGACACCGGAGUUAUAUCCAAUUGGGCUUUGUUUGGUUGUUGAGUGAGUGGCUGUGUAUUGAAGGAAUUUCAGUUGAAAUAGAAAAAAAGAGGUAUGUGAAAAUGGAGGGGAGUAAAGGGUAUUGCGGGAUUGGAGAGAAUGGUAGCUCAAGUGAGGGGAGGCCUCCAAAUCCUCUGUCUGCAUCACUAGCUUCUUUACAGUUUCUUAACAAUGACAAUCACAGCAAUGUUCCUGUUUCGUGUAACAAAACUCUGGUUCGCCACCACUCCCUAGUGAAGACAAGGGCGUCAGGUUUAAGUGUGGAACCUGAACUUGGUGCAGAAAACCAAGAUAAUGAUUUCUUUCCGAUUGUCCGUUCUGGAGCAUGGGCAGAUAUUGGUUUUCGUCCAAGUAUGGAAGAUGUGUACAUAUGUUUCGAUAACUUUAUGAGUGACUAUGGGAUCAAUAACAUUGGUGAUGGCCCCAAUGCCUUCUACGGGGUAUUUGAUGGACAUGGAGGAAAACAUGCUGCAGACUUUGCUUGCUACCAUUUGCCAAAAUUUAUUGUUGAGGAUGAAGACUUCCCAAGAGAGAUUCAGAGGGUUGUUGCUUCUGCAUUUCUGCAGACUGACAAUGCUUUUGCAGAGGCUUGCUCUGUAAAUGCGGCCCUUUCUUCUGGCUCCACUGCACUGGCAGCUCUUAUUAUGGGGAGGUUGUUGGUGGUGGCAAACGCGGGUGACUGCCGAGCUGUGCUGUGUCGUCGUGGCAAAGCAAUUGAAAUGUCGAGAGAUCACAAACCAGUUUGUAGCAAAGAGAAGAAACGCAUUGAGGCAUCAGGGGGACAUGUCUUUGACGGAUACCUCAAUGGCCUACUAAAUGUAGCUCGUGCUAUAGGAGAUUGGCACAUGGAAGGAAUGAAAAGUAAAGAUGGUGGGCCACUAAGUGCGGAACCAGAGCUUAUGACUACACAAUUGACAGAGGAAGACGAAUUCCUCAUUAUAGGAUGUGAUGGGAUUUGGGAUGUUUUUAGGAGCCAAAAUGCUGUAGAUUUUGCCAGGAGGAGGCUUCAGGAGCACAAUGAUCCAGCGAUGUGCAGUAAAGAUGUGGUGGAUGAAGCUUUGAAAAGAAAGAGCGGGGAUAAUUUAUCGGUGGUUGUGGUUUGCUUCAAAUCUGAGCCUCCUCCUAAUUUGGUUGCAGCGCGCCCAAGGGUGCAUAGAAGCUUCUCUGCAGAGGGCCUCAGGGAACUGCAAAGCUUUUUGGAUAACUUGGCUAAUUGAGACGUUGAUGAAUACUUUUUCAGUUUCUUUUCUUCUUUCUUCCAUUUUUGUAAUCAAAUUUGUUAGAUGUAGUCCAGUAAUUGAGUUCAACUGUAACAUAUGCGGCCGGAAGUUGGUAGCAUAGUCUGUUGCUUUCUAGAUCGCUCUCUUAACAUAUAUGUAUUGACAAUGUAUGUUAAUUGUUUCCACUUCA